AUGUCUUCCCAUAAGCCGCUGAUCAUCGACGUUGGUGCCCAGUCGCAAAAUACGCCAUCUUCGUUUGCUGAGAAGGAACGAGGAAACGCAACCUGGCACACUCUCUUGUCUUCACCAGGAACAAAAACUACUUCACUUACUGGAGGCAUUGCGACAUGUCCUCCUCAAGGAACCUUAGCACUGCAUCGCCACAAGCAAGCAGAGCUCUACUACAUUCUAUCUGGGUCUGGAGAAGUUCAAGUUGAAGGAGAAAGAUACCCAGUUUCCAAGAAUAAUCUUGUUUGGAUACCAGGAGAUGCAGAGCAUGGAGUGUUCUGCAGCGACAACGAGCUGAGCUGGCUUUACGUUUUCCCCGAGGAUAGCUUUGAUAAUAUUGUGUAUCGAUUCACUAGUGAGGUGAAGGAACUUGCUGGAAAGAUCAAAUCCAAGCUAUAG